AUUUAGUAGGAGCUACCUUCGGUGGAUUUUUGGUGGCCAGCAGUGCUACAGUUGAAGUGUUGGCAUUAUUCUACCAAUUGAAUUGUCUACUUAAGCGAAACCACCUUCUCAGAUUCAAAGCAAAAGUGUUGAAUUCACGCGGUACAGUGCGCCGGCAAAGGAAUAAAACUAAAAAUUCUUACACUGAGGGAAUCAAGUAACUGCCUUCAAAAUGGUCAACGUUGUGGAUAGCGGCUCGAAGCAUGCGCCUCAGGAGAUGGAGCAGUUCCUUCCCGGGGAAGGCAAAGUGAUGUACAAGAUCCAGCCACGAAAAUCAGAUGCCGAGCAGGCCUUGGCCGGUGGAAGUGACUUUGAUCCUUUCGCCCUUCGCGAUAAUGAACAUCCCACAACGGACAAUGAAACUCUUACGCAUUUGCUUAAGGCCUCCCUGGGAACUGGCAUCCUGGGUAUGCCGUUUGCCUUUAUGUGCUCUGGACUCAUCACGGGUAUCUUCGCCACCAUCAUGACCGCCUUUAUCUGCACGCACUGCAGUUACGUGCUGGUAAAAUGCGGUCACAAGCUGUAUUACAGAACGCGACGCACCAAGAUGACAUUCGCUGAGAUUGCCGAGACUGCCUUCCAGAAGGGACCUAAAUGGUGCCGCGGAUUUGCUCCUGUGGCCAAGUUCUCGAUCCUGUUUGGUCUGUUCCUCACCUACUUCGGCACCUGCUCGGUCUACACCGUGAUUGUGGCCUCCAACUUUGAGCAAGUUAUCGAGCACUGGACUGGCAAUCAUGUAUCCCUUCGGUUGAUCAUCUGCGCCCUGCUCAUUCCCCUCAUCCUGAUCGCCUGGGUGCCGAAUCUCAAAUACCUGGCACCCGUCUCCAUGGUGGCCAAUGUGUUCAUGGGCCUGGGACUCGCUAUCACCUUUUACUACCUGGUGCAGGACCUGCCGCCUCUAGAGCAACGCGAGUACUCCGUGAUGAGCACACUGCCGCAGUUCUUCUCGAUCACCAUCUUCGCCAUGGAAGCCAUUGGCGUGGUAAUGCCCCUGGAGAACAACAUGAAGACGCCUCAGAGCUUCUUGGGCAUCUGCGGAGUCCUCAGCCAGGGAAUGUCGGGUGUGACCCUGAUCUACAUGCUGCUGGGUUUCCUCGGCUAUCUGCACUACGGAGAUAGAACCGAGGAGAGCAUCGCCCUCAAUCUGCCCAUCGAGGAGUGGCCCGCCCAGGCGGUGAAGGUCCUCAUUUCCCUGGCCGUUUACUGCACCUUCGGUCUGCAGUUCUUUGUGUGCCUGGAAAUUGUCUGGGAUGGAAUCAAGGAGAAGUGCACAAAACGGCCCCUUGUGGUCAACUACGUCCUGCGUACAGUGAUGGUGACGGCGGCUGUGGUCCUGGCUGUGGCAGUGCCAACAAUAGGACCUUUCAUGGGCCUCAUCGGUGCCUUCUGCUUCUCCAUUCUGGGACUCAUUUUCCCGGUCAUGAUCGAACUGAUAGUUCACUGGGAGGAUGGCUUCGGCAAAUACAAUUGGAUUCUGUGGAAGAAUAUCCUCAUUACCAUCUGCGGAGUUGGAUGCCUGUUCUUCGGCUCCCAGGCCGCCAUCAAGGACAUUAUCAAGACGUACACAGAUGCGCCACCCAAAUAAGAGAUCCCACAAAAUGUUUGGGGGGAAGAAUAAUCUCGCUCACACAUGAAGCAAAAAAAAAACCUGAAGGUUUUGAAUGGAUGGAGAGAUCGUGCUAUGCCCGUGUUAUGUCGUAUAUUUAUUAUAUACACAUACUAUAUACAUACUAUAUACAAGAAUAGGAAAUACUACUUCAGUUCGAGACGAUUUUUGAGAAGGAGAUUGAGGCUCCGCUUCCUAGAGCUCAUCUAACUAUUGUUAGAUGUAAAACCGCGCCCACACAUUUUGUACAUUUCUUAGUGUCUGUUGCUUAGUGUCUGUUUGAGAACCGAAGAGGGAUUUACUAACCAUUGAACGAGUGCCUACUAUUAAGCACCAACUUGCCCACAGCACCAACUAUUCAGAGUUUUAUCUAACACGUUUUAGUAAUACACUUCCCAUUAUAUUAAAGUUAGUGGAUAGGCUAUAUUUUUUAUAGGUACGUCCCGAAGAAUUGGAACUGCAACUGUUCUAAGUGCACUUCACUCGUUCGCCUAAAUGAAUAGAAAGAAUAUUGAAAUUAGUUUCCUAUUGAUUGUUGUACGCUUUGGUACAAAUUUAAAACAAAAAAAGACUUUGUUAGCACCCGGUUCU